UCUAUUUGAAUUUAACAUCAAAUUAGCUAAAUGUGUCAACAAAAAUACAAUAAAUAGCUAACAAAAUAUUAAGGGCAUCUCUAGAAAUACACUUACCGCUCUCAGAAGGAAUUUGAAGUCACUGAGUGGCAUUCACAUCAUUCCUCAGCAACAACAUGCGCUUAAAAGAGUACCCGGAAAUCAUGUUGGAUACAAUACCGAAGCUUUAUGAAAUCCACAGCAAAGUAUUCAUCACAAAUCUUUAUGGUAUGGAGGAGCAAGUGGAGCGUCUGCCAAAGCGUUUCUGCAAGAUGUACACGACUCAACCCCUCGCCAAUCAGCUUUGGAUAUACUUAAAUCGUCGUAAUGCCAACAUUUCUAUGCAAGACUUUCAUAUAGUUGAGGAAUCUCAACCCUUUGCGAUUCGUCUUAGCGACGGAAAGCGUCUGGAGGUGAUGCUCUGUGCUGGCAAUGAGCUUGGAAGCAGUCUUAUGCUGUUAAUUCGUAGACAGCAUGGAGGAAGGUUACUCUACUACUAUUCAGCUGUACAACAGGACGAUCUCAGUCGUUUAAUGGGCAAUGAAACCUACCAGAAAUGGAUUUCACUAGGCACCGAGGUUCUCUUUUUAAAUCUUCAGGCAGCCAAUCAACCGUUCGUCCAUAUAGAUUUUGAAGGUGUUGCCGCAGAAAUUUCAAAAUAUUGCAAGGACACGGGCAACGAGGAUGUGAUUAAAGUUCCUCUCUUUGGCUAUGAAUAUCUUGUUCAUAGGCUAGCUAAAACGUUUACCUUAUUUGGCCAUAUUGAAUUGCAGGACAGCUUUAUGUGUAACUUUUGCUGUCUGACUUUAGACACGAGAUACUUUCAUCGGCCUGGUUACACAUGUACUGUCAAAAUAUGUAAUACAAACAACUUUCCAGGCAUGGAACAUUAUCCACUCUCCAAACUUAAAUGGACUCCAGUGCCUAAUCGUAUUAAUCUUAUUCAACUUUGUAGCCUGCUCCGUCCGCUUCACAUAAGUGGAAUAGUAGGAUACCAUGAAAUGGGCAAUGUCGGACCAGUGCCGGCGUAUCUAAAACGUUUCAAAAAAGGUUACUCCCCAAAAUCGCAUGGAAUCGAAAUACCUGAAACUCAGUUAACGCAUGAACACAGUAAUGAUAAUGCACCUGCUGGAUAUUCCAAUACCCAAUCAGAGAAGAUAUCUCCUGCCAAAAGUCCUAAAGAUGGAACUAAUUCUCGUAGGGAUCCUUUUGUUUUUACCAAGCCUAGAAAACUUGCCUUUGUUGAAUACGAAGAUGAUAGAGAUUAGCUACGAUAAAAUUCGUCGAUCCUUGAUUUGAUUCCCAUAUUGGGGACUAUGCGCAAUCACACGGUUUGUGGUGAAACACUUUGUUAUCCUGUAAAGAUCUUAUAAUGCUAGAUAUUUAUCGCAUAAGUAGUCUGGUUAGGAAAGAGUGUAGGAUGUCUGAUUGCUCCUGCCUAGCACUGUUUAUUGGGUAGUUCCAUACUUAAGUUAGUCCAUAAUAUAUGCAGAGAUCUAAAUUUACAUAAUCAUGAAAAUUCAAGGAAUCGCGUAAUGAUUGAAAACUAAAAUCGAAUAGAUUUUUUUCCUGUUUCCAACCAAUCUCUAAUAUUUACAUAUGUUUAUUUUUUUAAAUAUCUGAUGUUACAUUUAAAUUGUAGUUAUGAUGAAUUUGCACGCCUGAGCUGGAAUAAUACUCUUGAAAUAAGUUAAUAUAAUAUAAGUUAAAAGAAUUAGUAAUGUAAACCAAAACUGUAAAUCGAGUUUAAAAUAGAAAUGUGAAAAUCGAAAGAAAAAAAAAGAAAGAAGAUGUUAAAAAUAUCGUGUCAUGGGGAAGUAUGAUAAAAAUGAAAAUUUAUACCCUCGAUCGAUCCUGCAGCACCGUUGUUUUCAUAAAUAAAUUAAACACUCUUAAUUUGAUUAUGGUGUAUUAUUCAUUUCUGUUUAUGUCAUUUGGCUAAUAGUCAUAUUACAUAUUUAUACAAUUCUAUGUUUUCCAAUGCUUUCUUUAGUACAUGUUUUUCUGUGUAUAUAAUAGUUAAGCCGCUGCCUAAAAUCAAAUAAAAAAUGCAAACUUUGUACGGAAC